AUGGCGGUCGAGGAUGCAGAGGAGCGGCGAUCCCCCUCUCCGGGCGGCCACAGCGAGGGCGCAGGAUCGGCGCGGGACAAGUACCGGCCCCGCUCUCGGCACAGCUUCUCACGAUCACAUUCCGUCACCACCUACGUCUUCGAUGAGGACGAGUACACCAAGAUCCAGACGCCGCGCCAGGACAUGAUCUUCAAGAAGAGCGCGUUCACGCGGCGCCGGCCGCCGGCCGAGGGCAGCCUCUCCGAGGAGACGGAGACCCAGAGCACGGCCACGCCCGAGCUCUCCGAGGCGUCCAGCGACGGCAAGCCCAACAGCGUCAGGCUGAUUGGCAAUGCAUUAGAGGGCGGCGAGGCGCAGGAGGAGUCCAGCGAGGUGCAGGAGUUUGGCGAGGAGAAGGAAGAGUUCGGCCAUGCGCAGGAGGAGUCCGAUAAUGAGAAGGACCAGUCCGGCGAAGAGGAGGGGGAGUCCGAGUGCGGGGAGGCGCCAGAGACGCGCGACCCACUAGCGGCGCUAGCCUCCCAGAUCCAGUACGCUUUCAUCGACCCUCAGGGCAACGUCUUCUUCAACGUGAUGGACGAGUCGGGCAUCAUCCACCUGCCGCCGGUGGCCGGGUACUACAUGGCUGAGUCGUACCCGGGCGGCCCGAUGAUCGCCACGCCCGUGCCGUGGCAAGCGGUGCCGAUCGCGCCGCUCAACUCGCCCGAGUACCAGGCGCUCAUGCAGGAGCUGGCGGACGGCGAGGGCAGCAGCCCGUCGGGCAGCCGGCCGCGCUCGGCCAUGUCGGACGCCAACUCAGCGCCGGCCACCAGCGGCGCCGGCUCACGGCCGCACACACCCACCCCUCCGGGCCGACACAGCAGCUCCGGACACGAGCACGCAGACGCUGAACCGGAGAACCAAGACACGGCCGCGGAGGAGGGCAAGACCAGGCGCGUGAAGAAGAAGAAGAAGAAGCAGAAGAAGAAGACCAACAGCGUCGAUAGCGGGGUGACCGACGAAGGUUCGGACGGGUGCCGGGACGUGCCGCCGACGCCCGACUGUGCUGUCAUCUGCCUGUCCGACUCGAGCGCCUCUGGCGGCCGCGUGCGGCCCGAGCCCAAGUCGGAGCGCUCGCCGAGCGAGCAGACGUCGGGCGUGCAGAGCGACGUCUCGCUACCGGACUCGCCGCAGCGGCGACCCUCGGGCGACUGCGUCCACGUGACCAGUGUCGCGCCGCCACGUGACAGCAAGCUGCUCCACAGCGCUGCCAGGGUGCUGGGCCACGUGACCGACGCGGUGGCGUCACGUGACAGCAGGCCGCAGGACGGCGCCGUCAGUGUGCUGUGCUGCGAGCGGGAUUCUCAGCCGGCCAUGCAGUCGGCUCCGCCGUCGUCCGGCGACUCAGCGGCGUUGCCGCGCCCUGGCAGCCAGCCAAAAAACGAUCGCGCGGCCGCCUCAGCGUCUGAGGCGGCCAUUUUGUCCCCAGUCCAGCCUGCCGCCGAGUCCGGCGCCAGCGACGCUCGUGUCGGCUCGUCCGUGGCGCACGAGGCGAACGCUAUCGUUUUAGACGAACGUGACGCGGCAGGCGCCGAUGCGUCUGACGAUAACGACGAGGGCGAUGUUGAUUCUGAGUCUCCGGAGCGAGUGGAUGGUGACGACGGCGUCGAGGGAGGUGAUGGUGACGACGGCGUCGAGGGAGGUGAUGGUGAUGGUGACGCAGAGAGCUGCGACUCCUUCGUUUACGAGGAUAAGUCUGCGGCUGACUUGGCCGCCUCCCCUCCGCCCACCGACGACGCUUUUUUAGGCCUGCCCAAUGAUCACCCACCGCCACAGUGCGAGCCCGAUCCAUGCGGUGAAGACGCCUCAAGCAGCGCGUCUCGUGAGGGCUCCUGCACGUCGCAAGGCUCGGAGGUGGUGCCGGAGUUUGAGGACGAGGCGCAGGCGCCGCCGUCCUUCACCGACCUGUCCGUGCCAGUCGACCUGCGGAGGACGGUCAUCCUGGAGGAGACGGAGAGCGAGAGAGACCGGGAGAGCUCGCCUGGGUCCGCUACCUCGGAGGAGUCGGCCGGCCCGCCGGACCGGGCAGCCUCAGUCGGGGCUUCGCGUCAAAGUUCGGCACCGCCUCAGCGCGUCACGGAAGGCGCUACUUGAGCCGAGCAUGCGCCCGCUGACCGCAGCCACCGUCGCCACCGAACCACAUGUGGAUCUUCCCGUCACGCGUGCGACGGUACGCAGCGGCUCUGACGAGAAAACAGGCGACCUUCCCUCGGAAGCGGCUGCCGCUGGGGCUGAGCGCGCCCCGGAGGAAGUCGCUAGCGCUUCCAGCGUCAGAAUGGCGCAGCCGUUACUGGAAACGGCUCCUCUGCAGGGCCAGGCGACGGCCGAGUCCUCGCCGCCGUCCAGCCUCUCCGACGGUGCCAUCAGCAUGGCAGUGCGCGGCUGGCUCAAGGAGCAGUCCCCCGAGGCGGUGUUCGUCGUCGCCGCCGACGACAGCGACGCGUCCGACCUCGACGGCGGCGACUGGGAGAGUGACGCCGAGGCGGAGCCGGUCGAGUCACACCCAACAACCGCGGCACGGCCAAAAAACGCGCCAGGCAACCCUUCCCCUGCGCCGUGCAGUAGCGCUCACGCGCUGCUGGACGGCGCGGGGGACAGGGUUGCCAUGCGCGCGGAGGCGGCGUCGGCGGGCCGCCACAUAACGCCCGCCUACUACAGCCUGACGGCGGCGCUGGAUGAUCCGGCCGACGCCGUGCUCGACCUCGUCGACCUCGGCGACGAGUCGGCGUCGGCGGGGCCGCGGCGCGAGCCGCCGCCGGCCACCACCGUCGAUGUCAUCUGGUUCAAGCCGGAGGGGGCUGGGUGCGGGCGCUGCGCCGGCCUCCGAGCUGGAGAAGCUCGGCUCCGUCCAGGCGGCCGGCGCCGCCGCCGACGACGCCGACGAGGGUUACGGUGGCAGCCCUCUGGCGUCGCCGGAGGUGCGUCGACCGACGGCGGCGCGUCCGCGGCUAGUGGCGCAUCCGCUGCGCCACGCGGCACCUGAGACAAACGCCCCUUGGGGGGUAUGUUGCUCAUUGCAAUAAUUGCACAACGCUCACACCGCACGCUUGAAAACACGGCGUCGCGUCCGCGCGCCGCGCCCGCCCACCCCUGCAGACACACACGCAUACACACCACAUAAUAAUUCAUCCGGCUCCUCUGGCUACGAAAGUUGUUAUGUUUUUAAGUGCGGUUAUACGUGCUUGAGUGUAUAUGUGUACCAUUCGAUGUGCUUUUUUCUAGAUUAGACUCGUGUUUUAUAAUCGCUCAUCGCCGUGUUGAUUGUUGUAUAUUCGUCUAGGCGGUGUUAUUAUGUAUCAAUUGUGCAUCCAUUACCCGGUAGACAGGAAACACUAAUCAAACUUCAGCCCGUGACUAACCGACCCGCCAAAUUUCCGACUGACCCAAACAGACUUGAUUUUAUGUAAUGUGAUUAUUUUUGUGCCUUUGAUCUGUUGGUCGUCCAAGAGAUGUGUUAUUCGGACGGCCGCUGCGGGGGCGUCCACGGCCGGCUGUGGCUUUGGCCGGCCUCAUGCGGGGUUCGUGGCCGGCUGCGGCUUUCGGGCGUGUCGGCCGUCUGCAGCGCGCGCGGCAGUUUUCUCCUCCCUUCCGUAGCUGUCCUCCGGGUGCGAUCGGCGCCCUCCCCGCCCCUCCCCUCCUAGUGUCCACACGCUGUCCUUUCGUCUGUCUGCGGCGCAUCUCCGUGCAUUUGACCGCAUCCUAGCGUCCCCGCCCGCCGCCCACUGCUGCCGCCGCGGCCGCCGGCGUCCCCCCCCCCCCCGCACGUGAUAGCUGCCACGCCGGCAUUGUGAUGCGCCGCGAGCCCCCCUCCCCUCCGGCCCUCAGGCGAAAUGCAAUGUCAGCCCGGGCUGGAGAUUAUGCAGCGCCCACGGCUCGAGAGGAAAACACCUUAGUUUAAGCUGUUAUGGACUGUUGAAAUAAAGGAGCCGAAUUCGAGACGGAGUGACGUUUUUGCGCUUUUCGGGUGUUUAUUUAGGAACUAAUUGGGCGAAGAAGUGUUAGAAUGUGAAAGAAGCAAUGGUCAAACAUGUCGAUAUGUUCCAUACAACUAAUACAAGAGUGAACCAAUCGA